AAAUAAUUUGAUUAUAGGUCCCUAUGUUAAGCUGGACGACGUGAUUACUACGAGUUGACGGUGUCUCUUCAGAGAAUUUGACUUUAUCUGGAUAGUAUCUCGGCGUAUCCAGAUCACUGUAUCCUGGUAAUUCUACCUUCUUCUUGAACCGCAAAAGAACAGACUGUGAGAGUUAGUAUCGAGAUAUUGAUAGUAUCUGGUAGAUACCCCCGCUUCAUGAUCCCCAGACUCUUAUUAUUCUUGUUCACUUCAGUGAAAUGUCUUACUGUCUUUCACCACACCUGGAGUGUCCGGGUCCACCCUACUGCGGAUCCCCGGUUAGUCGCACAAGAACUCAACAUGGUGUAUCUAGGUCGGAUAGGUAGCCUGCCGCACCACUAUCUAUUCAAACACGCCACCUACCCUCGCUACUCUCCCCAUCAUGGAGCUGACGUGACUCACCGAGUGCUGGCACACAGGCACGUCCUAGAGUCCGUCCAGCAGACGCUGCUAAACAGGCGGAAGCGUGAGUUCACUGACCAGCAGGUAUAUUUCCAGUUUAAAGACCCCGAGUUUACAAAACAGUGGUACCUGGAGAAGGACUAUAACAAUGUGACAGGGGCCUGGUUACAGAAUGCAACUGGUGACGGUGUGGUUGUUACCAUUCUAGACGAUGGUUUGGCGCACGAUCACCCUGAUUUGAAGCCGAAUUAUUCACAAUGGGCAAGCACAGAUCUGAACGACCGUGACCAUGACCCUAAACCCAGGCCAACAAACGAGAACAAACAUGGAACACGCUGCGCAGGCGAGGUAGCCUCUGUGGCUGAUAACGAAUAUUGUGGUGUAGGAGCAGCAUUUAACUCUAAGAUCGGAGGUAUCAGAAUGCUGGACGGUGACGUGACUGACGCAGUCGAAGCCGAAGCCCUGGGCUUCAACAUAAGUUAUAUUGACAUAUACAGCGCGAGCUGGGGACCAGAUGAUGACGGUAAAACAGUGGAUGGUCCUGGUAGUCUGACUCAAGCAGUCCUGAAAAAAGGUAUUGAGCAUGGACGGAACAAUCUGGGCAGUAUAUAUGUGUGGGCCAGUGGUAACGGGGGUACGUCUAAAGACAGCUGUAACUGCGACGGGUACACCAACUCAAUAUGGACUCUGUCCAUUGGCUCGGUGUCUGAGUUAGGCACAAAGCCCUGGUACGCUGAGGAAUGUAGCUCCACUCUGGCUGUGACAUAUUCCAGUGGGAGCAGCAAGGAACGGCAGAUUAUUACCACCGAUCUGGACGCUAAGUGCACUGACCGGCACACAGGCACCAGCGCCUCCGCACCGCUAGCAGCAGGGAUAUUCGCACUUGUCCUGCAGGCUUAUCCUGGCUUAUCCUGGAGAGAUCUUCAACAUCUUGUUGUGAGAACCAGCAAGAAACGGAACCUGGAUAAGGGUGCCUGGACCAAAAAUGGUGCUGGCUUCAACGCUUCCCACAAGUUUGGUUUUGGGGUUAUCGACGCGGGCAGCAUGGUGGCAUUAGCUCGAGUGUGGAACAACGUCGAAGAUAAGCGUAUCUGCAAGGAAAACCUAGAGAGGCCAGAACAAACAAUCUAUCCAGGUCAAGUAGUGGUAUACAGCGUGGAGAGUAGCGGGUGUAAUGGUGAUAUCCUCAACUUGGAACACGUGCAAUGUGAGGUAUCUACUGGUAACACAGUCAACGGACUUGCUAAAAGAGGAGACAUCUCCUUAUACCUUACCUCUCCCUCUGGUACCCAGUCCAACUUACUAGCUCCCAGAACUUUCGAUACCAGCACCACUGGCUUCACUGCCUGGCCCUUCAUGACUGUCCAUAACUGGGGGGAGAGCCCUCGGGGGCUGUGGAAACUCACAGUGAAGAAUAAUGGGGUGGGUGAGAUAAGUUUCAUGUACUGGAGACUAAUCCUUCAUGGAACCAAAUCACUGCCGGAGAUGAGGGAAACAGGCAGGGAAAUAUUGGCGAGUAAGGAUAUAGCUAGUAACUCUUUCUUAAGAGGAUCCAGGAACCAGGCUCAUAGCUUGAUUGUUCAGGUCCUCCUCACAGUAUUUUAUCCUGUGUUGGUCGUGCUUUAUACAAUGACAAGUAGCAGCAAGAGGCGGUACGUGGUGCCGAGCGCGUCGCCCCCCACCACCUCCGACAGCAGCGGUUCCGGAUCCUCCUCUAGUGAGGAUAACGAUGCUAACACCCCCUCCAUCAAGAAGAAAAGAAAGUGCACCAGAAAUAAACCUAAUUACAAUGAGACUACUAGCAAGCCGAACUUCAGGGAAUCCUACGUAUUCUCCACAGCCUUGGCCAACCUGGCAGCCAAUGCUGUCAAACACAGGAUGUGUGACAGCAUUAUCAUAUACCACAAGGGAAUACCCAGGGAGCCGAAUAGACUGACCAUCAAGCCGCCCAAAGUUACCAGCAAGCUGCUGGCCACAUCUUCCGUGAAGAACAGAAAACGAGAAAAGGAAGAUGAACAAGAGGAAGAAAAAGUACAUAUUCAUAGAGAAAAUGAAAGAAAGAGGACCGUUAAACCUAAAACGAAACCAGAUAAACUGGAUAAACUGGAUAAACUUGAUAAACUUGAUAAACUUGAUAAACUUGAUAAACUUGAUAAACCAGAUAAACUUGAUAAACCGGAGAAAUUGGAGAAAUCUUCCCCCAACGAGGAUCAGGAGGAAGCCGAAGUGAAGUACGCCAAGACAAGUAACGGCUCCAUCAAGUCCCCCCUCACUCCUCCUCGUAGCCCCUCUACCCUACCCCUCUCGGCGGGAGACUACUCCCUCUCUGUCUCCGAGCGUAUCAAAUGUCGAUCUCGAGCUUGCGCUCCAAAAUUCUACGGCGAACCAAAAGAAGAAGGAACAGGCGAAGAGGUGGCCCCAGGAUCGUCCUCUGUCGUGAUGAGAUCUCCACAAAAGAAACGUUCAAGUUCAGAGCGUUCAAGAGAACAUUCAACUGAGCAUUCAACUGAGCGUUCAACUGAGCGUUUGACCGAGCGAUCAACCGACCGCUCAAGAGAGCGUUCAUCUUCAGAGCAUUCAGCUGAGCGUUCAAUUGAGCGUUCAACUAAGCGUUCAUCCGACCGUUCAUCCGACCGUUCAAGAGAGCGUUCAAGAGAACUUUCAACUGAGCAAUCUACUGAACCUUUAGUUGAGGCUGAGCGUUCACCAGAGAGGCCAACAGAGCGUCCAACCGAACGUCCAAUUGAGCGAGGAACCACACCGGUAGCUCAACCCAGGGAGAACAGACGGAGAUCAGCCGAAAAACCCCGGAGACAAUCUAACGAACGGAGACAAUCUAACGAGCGGUUAAGAGAGAGGAGAUCGCGGAGAGACAGUAUAGAGUCUGAUGGUGAGAAGAUCAGGAACAUUUUAGAGAACUCAGAGAAGGGUAUCACUAUCAAACCUGAUCAGACUGCUGUGAUCUCCCCGGUUGAGAGCAAGCCUAACAAAUCAUUCAAUCGUGAAUUUUCAAAACCGAAAGAACUUCCACCUAAAUCAUUGAAAUCGCCUAAAAUGUCUAAACUCGAACCUAAAUCAGUAUCCCCAAAACUCAAAGAAGAAUCUAAACCUGCAGUGGUCAUUCCUAAACCUUCACCUGCUUCAGCUCCCAAACUUUCAACCAGACCUUCUCCACCAAAAACUGAAAAACCUAAGGUUCGGCUUAGCGACAGCGGCGGACUUUUUGAAGCAGCCAUGUCUCAGAAAAUUCGAUCGCCUGUUCGAUUAAAGAAGCAAAUUAGUUCUGAAACAAAACCAGAACUAUCAGAACCGCCGCUAACCCCAACCAUCAGUGUCUCAAACGCUAUUUCCAAGUUCAAGCCUGUGAAACAGAGCUCUCCCACUAAAGAAACUCCCACUAUACCGACCUCUGAAGCUCAAGACCCCAACUUACCGAAGUUCAAACCCCUCCCUUUCUCUGGGAACACCAAGAAAAGCAAAACGUUCAAGUUUAGGACUCCGCAAGGUGCUAAGCACGAGAUGAACUUGGUCGAUUCCAUCUUUUCUAACGACGCUAACUCUACUAACCCUCCAGAGUUACCACCACGGAUCAACAAAUCCCCGACCACACCCCCUGUAAUGAGCUCCAAGAUCCCUGUCACUAAACUCUCCGACAAGCCCCCUCGUCCGGAGCUGGUUAUGGGGAUCCCUAACCUCCAGGGACCCAGCAAGCCUCCCAUGCUGACUCCUGCUCACAACUCCAUCUUCCAACACGGCUCUCUGCAACAUAUCAUCAGGACCGGACCCCCUCCUCUGAGCUCCCCCAAGAUCGCUGUUACCACAAAGUCUAACCAUCUUGGUCUUCCUUCUAACAACAUAUCACCUACUGCUGUUAUGAACGUCGCUCCAAAACGUGCCAGCAACGAACACCAUCCGUCUAGCGGAGAACAACGGAAAAAGAAACGUUUCGCUUUCCCUGAAGAAGCGACUUCUCCCGUCAAGGUAACCUCUCCCAUCUCCCCUUCCUCUCCCGUCACUCUGAAGGGGCCUGGAAGUUCGCGGGUCUCUCCCAUUUCUCCCAUCCAAACCAGUGUGGACAACAUCCUUACCACUCCUAUCCUGAGGAACGGACUGCCUCUGCACAAACCCUCUCCUAAAAACUCUCCUCAGAACAGGAGGUUGGACUUGCGAGCUGAGUUCUCAGGCAGAAGAUCGCCCCUGGUUAAAGUCACCAACAACACUUCUCCUAUCACGCCUAAAGCUUCCCCCUCCACAGUCGGACAGUUCUACCAGCCGAACGUGUCAGUUUCACUGAACUCUUGCUCGAGGAACGAUAUCAAUCUGUCUGACAGUGUGUUAGAACACAGCAAGUUGUCAGGACAGCAGAUAGUGAAUCGCACACCCGUCGUCACCAUCAACCAUCAGACUAUCUCAAUCGACCAUGAGAGGGGUAAGGAGGCGCCCAAACCACGGUUAACUGUAGAGAGCGACGCGUUCUCCAAAAAGCAGCAGCAGGAAAUCUUCGCACGACAGCAGCUCUACUCCAGGGCGUUCUCUCCUUUCUCACUUCCCAACUCCAUCCCCACAACAGCAGCCGGGAAACUGAACAAGCAGUUCGAAUUGACACAGCAACUGAUGCAGCACGACCUGGGAUCGUUAGUUGACCUACACGGGAGGGCCGGGGAGAAAGAGGUGCACUCACAACCUGCCUUCCCCACAGCAGCUGCCCAGCUCCGGCAGCAGCCCAACAACCUCCAGAGCGCUCGACAAGGCCCCAGACAGCAUAGUCCACGACAACGGACAAUCCCUACGGAGCUGAUCAUGCAGCAAGGAAGGGAGCGGCUGUUGUCGCAGCAGCAGGAGCGGUUACUGGCUCAACAGCGGCAACACGCCGCCUCCUCAGUAAGCCGCGACCAUCAGGUUCACAGCCCCUUAUUCGCCCAGCGUCAAGAGUCCCUCCUUCACCGACCCUCGGGAGCUCCCAACCAGCAUCUCCAGCACCUACCCUACGGCGGGGGCAUGCUCAAUCAGAUCGGCUACCCUAUUGGACUCAACCCGCAGCUGUACAAACAGCUUACGACGGAUCCUGCUUUGACCCAGGUGACCAGCGCCAGCUUACUGCAGUCUUUAGCUGGGUAUCAUCAGCAGUUGCAGCUGGCGGCGGCUGCUGCUGGCAAGUUUGGACCACUUGCCCAUCUCUAUCAGAGUAACUCUAAGCCUAGCGACGAUUCCAAAAACCCCAAUCAAUUUGGUGUUAUUAGACCUUGACUGUUUUUAUCGAAAUUUUAUUGCUUUUAUCUUAUUAUGUAUAUUUUUGCUAGACAUUAUUUUAAUGCAAACCAAUUUGAGUUGAUUUUCGUCGCAAGCUUUAUGGAAGAUGUAAAAAUUAGUGUUUUUUUGCCUCCCAACA